AUGGCUAAAUUUAGAGGUAAACUUGUUCGGAAGCGUCCUACUGUGAAGACCUUGAACCAUAAGAAGCUUAAGAAUGUACUGUAUGUGAAAAGCAAAACUCCCUACGUGAGUGCAUUGAAAAGAAUUAACAAAUGGUUAGAACGUCUUCAAACCCAAAAGCAAAGCUCGGAUAAAUACAUCACACUUCUUGGGAUGGGUAAGGCCAUAGAAAAGACGUUAAGCAUUGCAUGUCACUUCCAAGAAAUUAAAAAGUGCAAAGUUGGUAUCAAGACGAUAAGUACAGAAGUAGUUGACGAGAUAGCUGAAGAUGAUGAAGAGGAUGAUGAAGGUAUUAAGGAUGAAGAUCGAGAAAAUAAAUUACAGAUACGUAAGCUAAGUGGGGUCGAGAUAAAAAUUCAUCCUUAUUAA